AGCUGUAGUUGAACUGAUGGUGUGUUUUACAGUUGAAGAUCUCUUAGAAUUGAGGAGGGACAAAAGCCAGGAUGGAUGAUCAAAUAUGGUAUUUGAGAACAUCAAAGCUGGCUCUGGCCUUGGCAAUUAUCCGCUCAACACCAGCAGACACAAGCAGCAGAGAAUAUACAGAGCACCUUGCAAAGGUGGUGUCUGAGCAGGAGUCAACAUGGAGAUCAAAAGUUCAAGCCUUGGAAGCUGAAGUUCUGCAAUUACGCCACAAACUUCUUCUGAGCAGGAUGCAUGCGGGAGUGUUUAAGAGUGGCGACCCAUCUUCUCAGUUGCAGGCUCAGGAAGCCGGAAGUUCUGAAAAUACGUUAAGUCUGCUGGAAGAUUCUGGGUGUGAUUUAUCACAUGAGCAGAGAAGUGAGCCUUCAGAGACGACCCAGCAUCUUGUGGAGAGCUGCACCCCCACACCCUUUCUACCACUGCCCAUUGUGAAAAGACAUUGUACCACUCAGGAAAAUCCUCUGUCUUCCCACAUGCAGUUCUUGCAACAUCUACUUGAACUGAAGAACUGGACAGAAUCAGGGAGUCUGAAAACAGACUUAAGCCACUUUGAAAAUGACUUUUCCACAGUAUCUGAUUCUGUUUUUCAGUUGCUGGAUGGCCUUAUCACUUUUUACCGUAAACCCAAAUUUCCUUUUUCAAGCUUUUGGGCAGAAGCUGUUAAUACGUUAGCCAGACUGAUCAGUGAUUGUAACUUAUCUAAUCAUAUUCUUAAAAAGUGUUCCAAGAAGUUGGAAGAAUUUGAGAAAACCCUACUACAGGUUAUUUUAAGGAGCAACCAUAUAAAUCGAUUUCAGGUGCAGCAUUACGUUUCUCAGAGUCUGGUAACCCUGGGAAGUUGCAGCUUGUUGAGAAAAUCUAUAGUAUCUCUGCUUUUAUCAGAAAUAAACAGCUUCACUGAUGUUCUGGGUACCAUCGAUCAGGUUCACGCCGGUUAUGUGACACACUAUGAAAAUAUUUUCUCCCUGUUCUGGGUUCUGGAGCAGCUUCUUCAAAAGGAAACCAAAGAAGGCAACACAUCAAGUGUAGGGCAUGAUGAUCAAGAAAUCAAGAAAUUUCUUCAAAAGCAUGAUGAAACUAUUUUCCAACUCUCUGAUGCGUUUCCUUUAUUCACUUUUUAUUUAUGGAGACUGGGCAUUCUCUUGAACUCAGUAGAAACUGUUGAAAGUAACUCACUUCCUUAG